AUGUCGUAUGAGAUAGCCAGGAAUCGUUCCACAGGGAUGUUGAUUGGCCAUUGCCAAUUGCCUUUCCAAGUUGUUCCAGUAAGAGAUCUGCCAAUGAGAACUCCUCUCCAGCCAUGUGAAGAUGAAGUAGAGGUAGGAACAUCAAGGAAACUCUGGUCGUUACAAUACUUUCCUUGUAGGACCCGAUCUAACAGGCAAUUUGGAUUUUGCAGGAUUCGCCAACUGAGUUUAGCAAGCAGGGCAUCAUUAAAACUCUGGAUAUCUCGAAAGCCUAAACCGCCGGAGGUUUUGGAUUUCGUCAUUUUCGUCCAUGAGAUCCAGCUCAUCUUUUGCUCAGAGGGCGUUGAGUCCCACCAGAAGCGAGUGAGCGCCGAUUGUAUCCGUUUGCAAAGGCUAACAGGGAUCUUAAAACACGACAUGGAGUAUGUUGGGAUUGCCGAGAGGACGCUUUUGAUAAGUGUCAAUUUGCCAGCAGUGGAGAGUCGUCUUGAGGCAUAG